GUUGGACAGAACGGUCCAGCUGGAAUUUUAGCGCGGAAAGAUCCCUGCUUUGGUCAGGUGGUGAAAGGUGCAUCCCAGCAGGGGGGUGCAUUCUUUUGCCCAAGGGUAGGGGUAAAUGGAUCAAUUUCUUGGGGAAACUGUCAGAUUGCCUCAACUCCAGACAGGACAGAGGGAGCAGCCAGCCCUGUCAUUCCAUGGACUCCGUCCAUUGCGUCCCUCAUCCGUGAAAAUUCCAACUCGACGACGGGAUCAAAAGGGCCUGCCUAACUAGAUGGCAACCUAAGUCUUCGAGACGAAAUGCCGCUCCAGCCGCUAAACACCAGGGUCGACGGCGGCGAGCCCUCGCUCCUCUCGCCGUCCGACUACGACGCCGACGCGGCCUCCAUCCGAAGCGACCAAGACAGCGACAGCGACGAUGACGAGCGCCAGCUUCGGGCAAGGAACAGCAGCGAGCUCCGGGCACACGAUCGGCUUGUGCUGAUGCAAGAGGAGGAGACCGACCAGUUGGUCACCGAAACGCGAAGACGUCAGGAGCGCCUGACUCUGGGGUCUGGAUUGCCCAUUCCCAACCCCCUACGCCUACUCUCCCGAAGGUUGAGUGAUUCCCGGUCCAGGUCGAGGAGUCCGGUCGGCUUGGUCACCUCAUCUGCCGAAACCCUAGUCUUGGAGAAGCGCAAGCAACGUCGGGCGAGGAGGCAGGCGAAAAAGGAUAGGCUGAUGACCGACGCUAAGGAUGGCGAAGACGGCGAGCUCAUGUACGAGAUGGAAGCAGGUGGAAUCAAGGAUGGGAGCUCGACCGGCGAAAGCAGUGACAGAGAAGACAGUGAUGAGGUUGACAGGAGAGGCCUCCUCAAUUUGACAGACGCCAAGGCAAAGAAGAGUCGGAGCUGGCGGAAAUGGCUCUUCAUCUACACACUGAUUGCUGUUGUUUUCGCGAUUCUGGCCCUGGUUGCAUGGAAGUUGUCGAUUGAGCGCAAGAAGUCGGCCAACGCCCAACAAUAUGUGAGCAACGGCACGGCCCUGUUCGCACCGACCACCAUCAUUAUCAGCCUGGACGGAUUUCGCGCCGACUUCCUUCGGCGCGGGCUGACACCGAGGCUCAACGCCUUCGUCAGGGAAGGCAUCUCGCCGCUUUACAUGCUUCCCUCGUUCCCAAGCGUCACAUUCCCGAACCACUACACCCUGGCAACUGGUCUGUAUCCAGAGAGCCACGGGAUCGUCGGGAACACGUUCUGGGAUCCCGCUUUGAAAUCAGAGUUUUUCUACACCGACCCCGAACGCAGCCUGGACCCCAAAUGGUGGAUGGGAGAGCCCUUCUGGGUAACUGCAGAGAAGCAGGGUAUCCGGACGGCCAUCCACAUGUGGCCCGGCAGCGAAGCACAUAUCCUCGGAAUCGAACCAAGCUUUGUGGACAAGUAUGACGGGAAGGAGAAGCUGCCCAAUAAGGUCAAGAGGAUCUUGGAAUUCUUAGACAAGCCCGGUCGGGAGGAUCCCAACGCAGAAGUCGCGGAAAUGAGGCCGCAGAUCGUGGCGGCUUACGUCCCGAACGUUGACUCUGACGGGCACAAGUACGGUCCGAACAGCACGGAAAUACGGUCGACGAUAAAAAUGGCUGACGACAUGCUCGACCAGCUCUUUAAGGGGCUUGAGGAGCGAAACCUUACCCAAAUUGUCAACGUGAUUGUGGUCUCGGAUCACGGAAUGGCUACUACCGACACGUCGCGAAUCAUACAGUUAGAGGAUCUUGUCGACUUGAACAAGGUCGAGCAUACGGAUGGGUGGCCCCUUGUCGGGCUCAGACCGAAGAACCCCGCUGAUCUUAAGGAUAUGUAUGAUGGUCUAAUCGAGAAGACCAAGACAAACCCCAACAUCGAUGUCUAUCUGCGCGACGUCGACAUGCCGGAGAGGUGGCACUUCUCGAAGAACGAUCGAAUCGCACCUCUAUGGAUCGUCCCCAAGACUGGCUGGGCCCUUGUCAAGAUGGAGGAGAUGGAUGCAACGGCAGCCAAGGCCAACGGAGAGGUGUAUCACCCUCGGGGGCUACAUGGUUACGACCACGAGCAUCCCCUAAUGAGGGCCAUCUUCGUCGCCCGCGGGCCAGCGUUUCCCCAUCAUCCUAACAGCCAGGUCGAAGUGUUCCAAAAUAUCGAGGUCUACAACAUCCUCUGCGAUUCCGUCGGCUUGACGCCUAUGCCGAAUAACGGCACGCUCCGUCUGCCUCUUGACCCGAUCGGGGUGCACAAGUCUCCGGACACGGGGCUAGAAACACCUCCGGAUCCAGUGGAUGCGACUAGCUCUCCUGCCCCAGCAUCCUCGGUAACAUCCAUUACCAAAUCAACCAAGCCAAUUCUUGUAAACCCCAUUUCAACUACAACUCCAGCAGCAACGACAAGCACAUCUUCAUCCAAGUCUGUCGCUGUGGACCUUCCGGGCCCGUCGCCGACAGAGGAGCCGGGGAAUGGGGACGAGGAUGAGGACGAUGGUGAUGUGGUACAUAAUUUUUGGGACUGGCUCACCGGCAAGAUAGACCAGUUGUGGGAUAAGAUUACCAGCUCCGAGAAGGGCCCGGCAUGAUGCGGUUUGGAUUUUGAGUUUA